ACCAAAGGACUGAUCUUCACAGUGAUCCGAUCUUACUCGCGGAACGAAAACAGUGCCCUGGAGUUAUAUCGAACUCUCUCGUCCCACCUGCUCCUCACCAUUUCAAUCGAAAUUUUAUUUUUUUAUCUAGGGUUCUGAGCUCUUCGUCAUCGAAUUAGGGAUUGCGGCUUCGGAUUUCUAUAAAAAAGGUAUGAGUUAUAGGAAUUUGGAGGAGUUCUGGGCGUUCUACGUGAGCCAGCACUCAAAGCCGUUAACACGUCGGUGGCACUUCAUGGGCACGCUGUCCGCCCUCCUCUGCUUCCUUUGCGCCGCCGUGUUGGGGUGGUGGGCUCUGAUCUUAGCUGCGCCGCUGCUAGCUUACGGGAUGGCGUGGUACAGCCACUUCUUUGUCGAGGGUAACCCACCGGCAACCUUCGGCUACCCUUUCUGGUCUCUGAUCUGUGAUUUCAGGAUGUUCGGCCUCAUGCUCACCGGGAACAUGGACAGGGAGAUCAAGCGACUGGGAAAGCGCCCCGUCCUCCAGGUUUUCUGAUCUCAAUUCGUCCAUACAAGUUGCUAGUUUUUUAAUGAUUUGUUGUUGCUUAUGGCUGUUUUUAUUCUAAUUCUAGGUUUAUGCUGUCUUUGUACAGUAAGAUACUGACAUUCGGGAUUUUUAUUUCUGUCUCUUUGUAAUUAAACAUGUUUAUAUUGCACUGAUUUCUUUUACUGGUCUUUCAUCUGCUUCUACCCAUGUGUCAUAAUAAUGUACAAGGAUCCCGAUGAAUUGGAUGGCAUGCAGUUUCUUCAAAUUCUUGUUUUUAAUUGCUGCAUUGUUUGAUCUCUGGCUGAUUAUUUGAUUCAUGCUAAGGGAUUGGAUAGCAUAACAGUUUAGUGUAGAAAAUAAAUUUGCCCGUGAAUUGAGAUGUAAACUUCUAUCUUAAUGGAUUGUAAACAAUGGAUCAUUUGAUGAUAAAAACUUUGUAGGAUCUAGAAGGGAAAUUAUAUGGCACCGUAAAUAUGGGAAAAUUAUCCUGAAUCAGUUCGUCAUGGCAAUGCAAAUGAUAUAUUUGGAAUCCAUCAAUCUCAUAAUUCAGGAUAGCUUCAAAAACAAUUUGUGUAGAAGUGUUUAUUAGAGGAUUGGAUGUCGAUUUACGAGGUAGAUGUGAAAAUAGAGAAGAGUCCAUGGAAUUUAUAGUAGGCUUAUG